UACUUCCAGUUGCAAAGCUUUUUCACUAGCAGACUCUGACUGCUAGAACUUCGCAAUUACGUCGCAAUAAUCGAGUUCAGUUGUAUUCACUCCAAAAGCUCAAGCUCCAACAUCGAACAAUUGCAUUGAGUCCAGAAAAUUCCCAACGGUAGAGCUUUGCCCUGGCUCGACUAUAAAAGUCAGCUCUGCGCUAGGCAACUUCACAUUUGCGUCGCGACAUUUUACUUGAACUGUGAUUGGAGCAUCCACACUGCCCACCAGUCGCUUAAAAAUCAACCCUCACCUAUACACGGAAAGCAAGACGUCGCAGCUGGGUUCAGUGAACCUCCACCAGAUACAUUUUCUCAAUUUUGUGAAUUAAUUUCAAGGGAAAAAAUAAAAUGCCAGACAUUCCAUUUGUGCUGAACUUGGAUGGACCUGAUUCCAUUUACUAUGGCCACGAUAUGUUCCCCAAUCGAAUGUAUCGCAGGCUGCAUUCGCGUCAUCACGAUUCCCUGGAUAUGCAUACAUUGGGUAUGAUUGCCCAGAUGGGAGCACAUGCUCGUCAUCUGGUGGCCCAGAAGCACAGUGGUGAAAUAGGCACUACUCGAGCCGUUGGACAGGAUAAGCACGGUAACUAUCAAGUGCAUCUCGAUGUGGGUCUGUUUGAGCCAGGUGAGCUCAGCGUUAAGCUGGUUAACAAUUGCGUCAUCGUUGAGGGCAAACACGAGGAGCGCGAGGACGAGCACGGACACGUCUAUCGUCAUUUUGUGCGCCGCUACCCCCUGGCCAAGGAGUAUAAUGCAGAUGCCAUUGCGUCUACUUUAACUGACGAAGGAGUUCUUACCAUAACGGUGCCCCCUUUGGCUCCCCAAGUCGAGGGAACCGAACGCAUUAUACCCAUUAAGCAUGUCGGUCCAUCAGACCUAUUUGUCCAGAAGAAUAAUGGACACAAGGAAUCAACUGAAGGCGUAGCCAAGUAAACAGCACAAAAGAGCAGCAGCCAAUGAAGCAGCCAAGUGAUUUACCAAGACUCGUUUUUAUUGCACUCCAAAUAUAAUCAAAUAUUGCACGCUACAUUUUAAUAAUUCAUAUGUAUGUAAUACCCAUUGAAGCAUUUAUUUAUUCAAAUUUUAACUUUAUAAUAAUCCAUAUAGACUUAGAGGUAAAUUCAAAUUUAGCAUCAGUA